AUCUCACUUCUUUACAGAUCAUUUCCUUCAUUCACUUUCCGGGCUCAAUUUAGCUAUAGCAAUCCACCAGCAAAAAAUAAUGUUAAUAAAUCGGCCAUGAAAUUUGUUAACAACUAACUCUAGUCACUUCGCGAUGAAAGUGUUCGCAUGGAGCCAGAAUAUCUUAGCUGUAAAGGACGCUGUAUUUGGAUCACGGCAGAUCUUUUUCCAUAGCAGCAUCUCUCUGUUAUGCUCAAGAUCUACUCUAUUUAGAUGUAAUAGAACCGUUAUGGAUGGCGUCCGCUUCUAUCACAAGACCUAUCACAAAUGUCUGCCCGUGUUUAACCAUAGUAUAUUUCCCGUGCACCAUGCAUCAAUUAUUGAGAACGGCAUCAAGACUUGUAAAUAUUUUUCCAGCCGUUGUGGGUCAUUUGUUACAAGCGUGGGCGGAAGAACGGACUCGGUUUGUUUAUAUGUUGAUUGUUGCUUCUAUACUUCAGCCAGAGGAUCUUCGCGAAGUUCCAAAAUGAGGGCCCCGAUACCCCUGAAGAACAAAGCGAAGCCCGUGCCCGUCAAGGUCUGGAAGGGCAUGACUGUCAAGCAGUUCGCCGCCGCGCUGGAGAGAGACGUUGAAACGGUACUGGAAAUCUUCGGGUUCAUCGAGACGAGCGUACCGUUCCGGUCCAGGGGAGCGAGCGUCACGGACGUGGCGGUGCUGACGCGGGCGUCGCAGAUAGCGGGGCGACGCGCGAUGGUCGUGCCUGAUCCCACCGCCGCGCCCGCCAAGAAAAGCUCCAAAGACGCCUUCAGGAGGCCUGCAGCGACCGCGGCCGAGCUGGUGCCGAGACCCCCCGUGAUAACCAUCAUGGGGCACGUCGAUCACGGCAAGACUACGCUCCUCGACGCCCUCAGGAACUCAAAGAUCGUCGACUCGGAGUUCGGGGGAAUCACGCAGCACAUCGGGGCCUUCCAGUUCUCGCUGCCGUCUGGGGCCGUCAUCACGGUGCUGGACACGCCCGGGCACGCCGCGUUCUCAGCCAUGCGCGGCCGUGGGGCGACCGUGACGGACAUCGUCGUGCUCGUCGUGGCCGCUGAUGACGGCGUCAUGCCGCAGACCAGGGAGAGCAUUGACCACUGCCAUAGGGCUGCUGUGCCCAUGGUCGUCGCCCUCAACAAGAUCGACAAACCUGAUGCAAACGUCGAGCGCGCACGUGCUUCCUUACUGAACGCCGGAGUGCAACUGGAGGACCAGGGCGGAGAGGUUCAGUGCGUGGAGAUCUCAGCGAAGCUCGGCAGGAACAUCCCCGCCCUUAACUUCGACAGGCAGAUGUGUGUUUUAUCUUUAGAAGGAUUAGCAUCCUUUUGUCUUCAGGUAGCUACAUGCUUGGUGCAGCGCGGUACGUUACGUGCAGGUGCGCUGCUCGUGGCAGGCACGGCGUCGUGUCGUGUACGUGUCAUGCACGACGAGCACGAGCAGUUGGUGCACGCCGCCCCUCCCUCCAUGCCUGUACAGGUGGCGGGCUGGAGCGAGCUGCCGAGCGCGGGCGACGAGGUGCUGGAGGUGCGGACGCGGGCGCGGCAGAAGGAGGUCCUCGCGUGGCGUCUCAAGGAGCUCAGCGAGCGCAGGCUGCUGCAGGACAAGGUUAUCGUGGAGGCGAAAGCUCAAGAGCAUCAAGAAAAAUACAAGCAGCAGCUUGCAGAAAAGAGAAGUCGAGGUAUACGUUUCAGCUACCGACUUCGGACUGGCUUGCGUCCCAAGGAGUAUGACACCAGCGAGACCGGCCCGCGUGUGGCCAUUCUGCUCAAAUGCGACGUCCAGGGAUCACUGGAAGCCAUCAUGCAGUCAGCAACAAUCUUCUCAUUCAACGUGAGCAACGACCGGGCGGUGGAAGAAGCCAUUGAACGCUCCUCCGCAUCCAUCGUACACACGAACAUCAUCUACAGGCUCGUCGAGCAUCUCAGGUCGCUCAUCUCCAAGAAAAUGCCCACGCUGCCUCAGGAGGAAGUCCUGGGAGAGGCUGAGGUGCUGGAGCAGUUCAUGGCGAGCGACGGAGGCCGCAAGAAGACGCCGGUCGCGGGCUGCCGCUGCGUCAAGGGAUCGCUCAAGAAAGAUGAGAAAUUCAGGCUCUUCCGCGACGGCCAACUCAUUCAUGAAGGUCCUCUGUCAUCCAUGCGCCACGUCAAGUCUGAAGUCAAGACCAUCGCCACGGACAUAGAAUGUGGCUUGAAAUUCGAGGACCGCAGCAUCCAGUUCCUUAAGGGCGACAGAAUUAUUUGCUACACCGUCCAUCAGCUCGAGCAGGAAAGUGACUGGCGUCCUCCAGGAUUUUGAAGUAACAAUUCAUUAUCGUUGUGAAUAGACUUGCAAUAAGAGAUUAAACAAUCGCAGAAAAUUAA